AUCUCCCUCUGGUGCAUCCCUCCCUCUUUCUUUCUCCCUAGACUUCCUGUCCCAUGGCCCUUUCCCUUCUCCAGCUCUAUCUCUUCUGUCAAUCACCUUUCCAGCUCUUAGCUUCACCCCACCCCCUCCAGUCUAAUCCUAUUAUUUCGCAUUUCCCCCCUUACCCCCCACCCCCCGACUUUCAAAUCUCUUGCUAUCUUUCCUGACAAAGGGUCUCGGCCCGAAAUGUCAACAGUGCUUCUUCCUAUAGGUGCUGCCUGGCCUGCUGUGUUCCACCAGCAUUUUGUGAGUAUUUCAGGUUCAACUGGAAAGUAACAGUCUGAAACUAUUGCAUUCAAUGGUAAUUCUGGAAGCCUCGAUGUGCAUUGAUUGGAUAACAUUUUGAAAAGGUGUAAAAGACUAAAGGCAGAGGGAGGAAUGAGAUUUAAACUGCAGCAAUUUACUUGCUACAGAUCACAUAUUCUGGGAGCUCAGAAUCGCCCUUAUGAACUCGUGUAAACACUAGUCAAUGACUGUUUGCUUUUAUUUCAAUGUAGUGAAUUCUACAUCAUGAGCACGCAAUGCAAUUAUUUAAAUUUGGGGGUAAAAAUACACCUCUUUAACUGUUUAGAUCGAUGUUUGGUGGAAGGAAAAGACUUAUAAAGGGGCAGAUGCUGAUUAAGAAGGUGCCAAGAGAAGGAGAGUAUGAAGCAGAUUUUUGAGGAGGAAGUAUCUCCUUUUGAAUGCCCAAACAGGAGGGCAAUGCAUAUCAGGUGUGGCAUUACAUUAAUGUUAUUGUGAAUUACAUUGGAUAUUUGAUUGAAUGCAAGUGUGAGAACAAGGAUUAAACAGAGUGGAUGAGAGCACAAGUUGGAAAUAGCGAAGGCAUGGUUGCGAACCCUGUAGGAUACAGUUGAGGAAAAACAUCAGUUGUGGAUAAAUGGAGGUCUGUGGCAAGUAAGGUGUUGCAGUUGUUUUCAUCAGAACAGAUACAACAAACCUGGGGAAAAAACACAAGAAUGGAGUGAAGUCAUUUCAGGAUGCAGAGUGGAAGGGUGUAGCUGUGGAGCUGAAGUACCUGGAUAUUGAUGACCCACUUAUCCUUCAAGGGCGUGUGAUGGACAGUGGUUUGGUCCAAUCGGCGAGCGCAGCGCGCGAGUUUGAAGCGGGCCCGGGCCCCGGCCCCAGCCCCGGGCUGCCAUGGAGAGCUGGUGCGGGUUCGGCGCAGUGCCGGCCGCUCGCCGGGAACCGAAAGAUGAUGCAGAAACUGCAUGUUGGCAGUUUGCAGCAAAGCCAGCCGGAGUUUGAGAACGCCUUUCAAGAACUGUAUAAGUCUCUGUUUAGCAGCCAAGAGAAAGGAGCUGAAAAUGUCACUAUGAAGGAGAAAUAUCGUGCUUCCAUUACUACACAUAAAGGUUGUGGCAAAUUUGUAGCAUUGCAGAAUUUCUCCCAAAUAAGCAAAAAACUUCCUUCUAAAGACAUCCAUAAAACAAAGCCUUCCAUUCAUUCUGACCAUGUAAUGCUGAAGGACAGCAGCAAUAAUGUGGCCAUUGCUGGAGUCUGCAGUACCACAACUGAAACUGCAAAAAUCUCUGCUGAAACUCACAAUGUAAAACUUGACACAUUUUUGGAUAAGGCAGAGUCAAACACUGAAACAGGCUUUUCUGCCUUAAUGCCACAAAUUCUCCACACAAGUUCAAGCCCCACAUCUGUUGAUGAAGGAAAAACUUCUGAAGCCUUGCAUGAUGAUGAAUCCAUCUCCAUUAGCUCUGGAGAAGAUUACAGAGAAACAGUUACCUGUGAAGAAUGCUCAAAAAUGUUUUGGAAAACGGCAAAUAAAAGGGGUCCCAGGAAAAAGCAACAUGGGUCAAGCAAGAAGAAGCUUUAUGAUCCUACUUCAUUAUCCUGUGACCAAUGGGUCUUGAAAAAGCCUUUGUUGCCAAGAGGUAAUCUGCAUAAAUACAGAAGGCAAAUUGAGUUACCGAUAAGGUACCUGCAAUCACUGGGAAAGUCUGCCCAGGUGAAAGAAACAACAAAAUGGAUUCCCCAGUGUUCCAGGCCUCAUGUGUUUCUACACAGGAAUCUACGGUCCUGUAAGAGAAAAGUUGACAAAUUUCUUCAUGAGAGUGGAAAGAAACAACCUCAAAAGAAAAGAAAGAGAUCCAGGAAGAAAAAUCUCUUUGUCUACAUGCUUCCUGAAGCUCCUCCAUCUGCUAAUGUACUCUUAAAAAAUGAAGACUCUGGAUUUGAAUUGGAGGUCGGUUCUGUAAAAAGGAAGCUAGCCUCGGCUGUCCUAAACAGAGAAGCAAGGCUCAAGAGAGGCAGCUGUGAUUUUUCAGAUGAUUUGAACACCAUUGAAAGUGGAUUUUGCAGCUCUGACAGUAAAUCGGUGCUUUAUGAGAAUAGCUCUUGUUUCAAGCAAGAUAAGUCUGCACUUGAUUUAUUUGAACCUGAACCAUCUACCUUUUCAACUUCAACUUUAUUUUGCACUGAAAGCCAUUUACAUUCCCAAUAUGAUGGUCCUCGAUCAUGGGAGGAAGCACCAAACGAAAGUUCCACAGUUCCUCUUAACAGUUCUUUUGGUUGGUUAAAACCUGGAGGGUUUACAUCUAUGAUUGCGAAGUUAAAGGCUCAACAUCAAAUCUUACCGGGCAAUGUUAUUAAAGAGACAUGACCUGCCCUUUAGAAACUUGCCUUAAAGAAAUUCAGUACAGUGCUGUUCACAUUUACAGCUAUUAGGUUUUCUCUUUGCAUUGUCAAUUUUAAUUUUUUUUCUCCUGAACUUGAUCUGUUGCAUUAAACAGCAGUGUUUAAUCUGUAAACUUUAUUUAAAAUAAAUGCUAAAGACUGGGAA